AUGGCUUCUGUCGGUGCAUUUUUAAUGCUUUUGCCUGUUGCAUGGACAUGCACUCCACAAAAAGCAGACUACGUCAUGGUGUCAUGUUUCCCCAACGCCAUCAUCGCCAACGUCCCAGAAUGUCCUUACGGCUGGGAGAUCGAGCAGCUGUCUCUGGGUGGAGUGUGUUACUCUGGAACACACACUCCAGGCUACUACCGCUUCAGCAUCCCAGACCUGACACCCAAGAACCACUCGUACUGCGGCACCCAGGCUGAGUACGUGACCGGCAAAGACCCCAAGUACAUCUUCCACAACUCCAUCGUGUCCAACGACACGAUGCUCACAGUCAGAAACCAGCCGGUCAACUACACCUUCAGCUGCAUGUACCGAGCGGCCUACCUGGUGAACAACGCCGUGUUCAGCCAAAGCGUUUUUACUAAACCCUCUGCUUUUUCCAGAGUGGCUACAGUUUAUGUCAACAACGGCAGUUUAGGCACUUUUAGAUCACAGUUGUCUAUGAAUGUGUUCACGAAUUCAAAGUUCCUGUACGCCAAGGACUCCCCGUAUGUGAUCGACACUUCUGAGAUCGGCUCUGAAGUUUUCAUCGGCAUCGAGGCAAAAGGACUAAGUAACAGAUUCAAAGUUGUGAUAAACAACUGCUGGGCCACUCCUACUCCUUAUUCAACAGACAAGAAGAGGUGGAGUCUCAUCAUUAACAGCUGCUCCUCUGACAACACUGUGACUAUUUUCGAGAACGCCAAAGACAGCCGCUCCAUGUUCAAGUUCAACUCUUUCCGCUUCCAGCGUCUGGAGAAGGUUUCAACCGUCUGGCUUCACUGUGAGGUCCAGGUUUGUGACGGAGAGAGACUCGUCUGUCAGCCAGGCCCCUGCUCUUUCAGAAGUCUGUCAUCAGAGACAGAACCAAUUGGGGGGAUCCUCACUGCCGAGUUUCACAUUAAAGGUAUUGAAUCCUCCAAUAAUGGACACAUGACAGACUCUUCAGUGUUCAUCAUGCUGGUUGUCCUCAUAAACACAUGUUGUGAUUUAGUAAAUGGUUCAAGAAUGUAG